UUCAUAUUGUCGUUUUAACCUUGCCUUUUCUCGUUGCACUCAAGAUAACAAUCUUUUCAGUUUUUGCCAAUAUUCUCUCAUUAUAGAUGUUUACAGGAAUUUUUGUUGCCUAUAUGCUACAAAUGGUUUGUUCCUAACGAAACCUGCAACAAUUCCUGUCAAACUGGGCUCUUCGAACAAGUAAGAUUGUGCUGAUUACUGUGGCCAUAAUCUGCAAAGGGCAUGUAAAAAAUGACUGAGGAGACCGCUGGUGUUGGUACAACUCCUGGAGGUACCGUAAUCGGAUCAGUUUCAAAUGAAUCGCAGAAAGACGGUGUCACGCACGAGAACAGUAUAGCAAAUGGAGGUUCGUCACCAAGUAUUGAGUUCUCACAAUCACGACCGAAUGGACUAUCAACAAUAUCCGGCGUUUUCGCGCCAGUGGCCUUGUCCAUGUUCAGUGUUUUACUAUUCAUGAGAAUGGGAUUUGUCGUAGGACAGUUAGGAUUCCUCAUGACAGUAGUACAAUUAGCAAUGGCCUAUGCAAUUGUCAUGCUAACGGUACUCUCCCUUUGCGCAAUAUCAUCAAAUGGAGCUGUUGAAGGAGGAGGAGUCUACUAUAUGAUCAGUAGAUCUUUGGGGCCAGAAUUUGGUGGAGCUAUAGGAGUUCUGUUUUUCGUGGCAAAUGUUUUUUCAUGCGCUUUGUAUAUCUCUGGAUUUACGGAAGAAUUACUAAAUAAUCUCGGCAAUGGACAAUUUCCUGACUCUCCUAUGUGGAGGUUCCUUUACUGUGUACUUGUAUCUGUUGCUUUACUAAUCUUGAGUCUUCUUGGAGCUGGUAUCUUUGCUAAACCCGCCUUAGUUACCUUUAUCUUGAUUUCGAUUUGCUAUUCUACCUGGAUAAUUUCUGUAAUUGUGGAUGGACCAAUGCAAGUACCUAUCCCCAAAGUGAAUACUCCUGCUUAUCGUGUGCAUGAAAACGCAUCCGAUCCGAAUAGCCCUAUGAUUGUGAUGUUGAACCAGACGCUGACUGCAAACUAUACCGGAUUUAGAUUAGCUGUCGUUGCUACUUGA